AUGCCUCGCAGUGCAUCACAUGACGCACUAUUGCAAGCUAUUGCAUGUUGCGUCCGGGUCCCUUCCCCCCGGCCCCCGAGGGUGCGAUUCUCGGCUGCUACUUCGAUCGUUUACCAUCUUACUCAAGUCGAAUCGGCCCCACACGACCUGGAUUCCCAACAGAAUGAUUGCUCCAAUUCGAAGGACUUGAACUAUACGCUCAAACGGCUCGUGCGUGGAUUAGCGAGCCCAACUCCGCUCGUCUUGGAUUUGCUGAAUGUGAAGUUGGUACCUCACGCUCGUCAAGCCCCAUGGCUCUCAGAAAGCGUCGGCUCGGUACUCGUCUCGGACAUUACUACCAAAUUUUGGAACACCGGAACACCCUGGGUCGGCCCUUUCUCAGUCUGGCGCCUUGGAUCAAAUUACUGCAAUGCUACUCAUGAAUGCCGAGACAUUGACGUUGGAACAGUUAUCGUUGGUCAUAUUACUUCAGCAGCAUUCUAUCAAACUCAACUGGGAAUCGAUAUUGUCGAAGACUUUUACAUCCUCAUCUCCGCCUCUCAGUCGACUAGCAAUUUCAACUUGUCAAAAUUCUAUAAUCACAUCUUUGAACGCUACUAUUUCGCCACCAAAUCCAGCCCUUCUCAUCGCUUGCUUCCGAAGAACGCAAAACAAUCAGCUCCACAAUCUGUCGCAUCUAAUUUGAUCUCGCAAGUGGAUCCGAAGAAUGCAAAACAAUCAGCUCUUGCGAAAGGAAAUUUCCCAAUUGCUCCGGCUGCCGACGGCUGGAUCUCAAACACGUCCUAA